AUGGAUUUACGAAUUAAUAAAACUGAUGUGCAGAGAGAACAGAAGACUGAUGAUCAGAUAGAAGUAGAAGAUGCUCUUGCGGUUCUCGAAAACAUGCAUUUACAAAGUUCUGAAUCGAAGGAAACUGAGAGAAACGCUGACAUUCAAGAAAGUCCCGUUGUUCAAGGAAUGGCCGACGCAUUAUGUUUGAAUACAGAAGAAGCUGACGUUUAUGAUGAUCAGAUUGUGCCGAGCACAGAUGAUGUAUUUCUACCGGCAGAAAUAAUUGAUGCAGAAACGAGAGUGAGUCCCGAUUCGCAGGCAAGUUUGAAGGGCAAUUUGGACCUGGAUGACUACCUACCCCAAGCUGACCUUGAUGCUUUUGGAAAGCCACGACGGGAAAGCGCAUCCAUGUUUGAUGAAUUUUUCGGCCAAGCUGAUCCCUUAGACAUCAACGUGAAUGUGAACCUAAAGGUCUAUCCAAGCCCAAAGUUCGGAAAUUACCAGCGAGUCCGAACUGGAGUCUCAUCCCAAGUUAGUAGAUAUAUGCUCACUCAGCAUGUUGGUUACCAUGGCAACAGCGAUCAGAGUACGGUUCCUGUUAACCCAGAAUAUUCCUACCACCAGGGGGAGCUAAUGGAGGAAGACAAUGGUCUGAGUGUUGUAGAAGAAAUCUUCGGAAAGCAGCCAGAUGUUACGAUGAAUCAAGAUCACACAUCAAUUUACAAAAAUUGCGGACCAAAAUCACAAACUGAAAAUGUGCCUGUUAAAAAAGAGCACGAAGCAUAUUGGGAAGAAAUGAGAAAUUCUAUGGAACAAGGGCAACCCAUGUCUGGAGUGGACUGUUCCCAAUCACAUACGGAGUCACACCCAGGUGUAACCCUAAAUGGACAGAUGGCAUCACCUGUAGAAAACCAUUUCUCGUCUGCUAUGUCGCCUCUGAUGUCACCUCCAAGUUUUAUACAGUCACAUAAUCUUACCCCCUCAAAUAUUGCACCAGCGGGUGGUUCUUUAAUCUCAUCAUCCUCAUCAACAGCGCCAUCAGUAUCAUCACCAUGUUCCGUGGCGUCAUUUGACUCGGGCAUCUCAGAUGUGAUCUGCAGCGAGCCUGUUAAUUACACCGUGGUGAAAGUGAAGACCGAACCAACCCUGAGCAAUCACUGUAAAUUCACGAUGCCCCCACAUAUCGAAAGUCUUACCAAUUACAAGGGUGUCAAAAAUGAAGCAGGGACAUUCGAGAUGGAGUGCCAAUAUGGACAAUUGAAUAGAAGCAGCAUAUCAUCGGAGUGUCAGUCACCGGGGUUGAUGAUUUCCUCCAAUUGUUUACACCAGUUGCCACGACAACUGUACCCUCCCCCACCCCCUUAUAGUACUCUCCCACUUACACCCCCCAAUUCCCAACCCGGCUCCCCUAAUAAUGAAUAUACAACUUUCUCACCCCCACCCCCAUACCCAGGGCCCGGGGGACAUAAAUUAAUGAUGAGCACGGCACAUCCAAUAAUCGCUCCCGUGAAGGGAGUCACAAAUCCGCAUCCCAGUAAAACCUACCCAGGGUGCAGCACAAUUCGCUACAAUCGAAAAAACAACCCAGAGCUAGAAAAAAGAAGAGUCCACUUUUGCGAUUUCCCAGGUUGUAGAAAAGCGUAUACAAAGAGUUCUCACUUAAAGGCCCACCAAAGAUUACAUACUGGGGAGAAACCAUAUCUGUGUACGUUCCCUAGUUGCCAGUGGCGAUUUGCGCGCUCUGACGAACUAACACGUCACAUACGAAAACAUACAGGAGCUAAGCCAUUCAAAUGCCAAGUCUGUGAUCGAAGUUUUGCCAGGUCGGACCAUUUGGCGUUACAUAUGAAACGUCACAACCCCUCAAGACUUUCAAAACAUUCUAGUAGUAAUAGCAAUCAAAGUAGUUCAUCGGACGAUGAUAUGAAAAAGUGACGACGACCUCAAAUGUGAUGUCAUAAAGGUCUAGUCAUGUAUAAUAUUAAAGUAACAAAUUAUAAAGUACGAAGGUGCGACUAAGUAUGUUGCGAAGUAGGGGUAUUGCAACUUAAAUGGUACAUCAGUCCAUCUACUACAACGGCCAAUCAGACUCCUUCACUGCAUAAGCUUCUCAAAAUGGGUUAAAAUGCAUUAUGGUAGUUCAGGUCAGCGUGAUUACACAGUAUCAGGGUGAUCACUUGUAAAUGCAUUGACGUUGAAGAAAAUUUCAACUUAGGUUGCUUUUUUGAGCAAAAAUUUGUCCUCAAAUGGGUGAUGUAAAAAAUGCUGAACCCCAUUGGGCAUUUUAGCCCUGAUUUUGCCAUAGACAUUGUGGGCUACUGAGUUUUCAAGAUUGAAACACACGAGGGGUGUUCAAAAAAUUUUACACAUAAAGCCAAGGGAUAUUGAUAAGAUCUCACAAUAUACUGUAGAUUGUAGAUAGAAAAAGAACUUUUAAAUAUUGUGAAAUGUAUAAAAAAUGUCUCACGUAAAGUGUAUUUACGAAUAUGUGUACGUAAUCAGGCUUUGGUCCUUAGGU